UGUAGUUCUGUGAGCUUCAGACUGUAAUCAGCUCUGAAUCAACAGCAGGCGGUGACUGUUCGUUUCCGGAAGCGCUGGCCUGUCCCGGACGUCUUGCUUAAUUUGAAGGGCACCGGAAAGGUACAGGACACAGGCGUGCUGCAGUCCGUGUCUCUAAACACAGGGUGGAGACAUGUGUUGAGAUGUAGCUUGACUGGCAAAUCUGUCGCCAGCGUCGCUCCGAACCCACCUGCGCCUCCUCUCUGUCACUCCCCCGCCCCCCGAGCAAGGAAGGGAGGAAGGAAGGAAGCGGUUGGGAUGCCGAUGGUUUGAUCUGGGAGGCGUCUGGAAAGGGAACUUCGGCGUGUGUUCUUACCUAACGUUCAAUUCACAUCUGUCACCGAGGAUCCGGACGGACCGACCGUUACAUCUACUGAAACGUUUUAGUCUAGAUCCGCCAGUUGUUAAAAUCCUCUGCACAAACCAGAACAGAAAUCUUAAGAAAUGGACCAAGACAGGCAGAAACGAGAAGACAACCCAAAUGGAGCAACCAAAGCUUUAACAACAACUCCAGCCACAGAUCCCACUCCCGGUCAGGCUGCGUCUCCCUUCAGGCCUCGGCGGCCACAGAGAAGCGCCAGAAUAGAGGCUUCUCUAGACAUCUUUGAACCCAAAGCUGAGCCCAAAGCUGGACCCGCUCCAGUGGCUAACCAGGACAAGAGUUCUCCUGAUGGCGCUGUGGCAAGUCAUCUCAAAUCUUCUCGUCCUGGGGCAGUCAAACCCUUAGAACACCCAGGACCCAACGUUAAGGCUGGGCCUAAAGGUCCAGGACACCACCCAGUUAGGGCUGCCUCAGUGCCCCACCCACCUGCUAGCAGGCCUGUGCCUCCUCACCUGACCCCUCAUGCACAGAGAGCCCUCUCUGUAGCAGGCACAGCUGACACUCCGCCCCAGAUCGUGGAGGACUUCAGGGUACACAUCAUCACUUGGAACGUGGGUUCAGCCACACCACCUGAUGACAUCACUUCUUUGCUGGGGCUGAAUGUGGGUGAUGGAAACACAGACAUGUACAUUAUUGGGCUGCAAGAAGUGAACUCUAUGAUUAAUAAAAGGCUGAAAGAUGUCCUCUUCACAGACCAGUGGAGCGAGGUCUGCAUGGAGCGACUCAGCCCCUUUGGUUAUGUGCUGGUGACCUCCCAGCGGAUGCAGGGGCUGUUACUGCUGGUCUUUGCCAAGUAUUUCCAUCUGCCCUUCCUCCGUGGAGUCCAGACUGAGACUACCCGCACUGGCCUGGGGGGUUACUGGGGCAACAAAGGUGGAGUGAGUGCCCGCAUGUCAGUGUUUGGUCACACCAUCUGCUUCCUGAACUGCCACCUGCCAGCUCACAUGGAAAACUCAGAUCAGCGCAUGGAAGACUUUGAGAGCAUCCUGCAGCAGCAGCAGUUUGAGGGCCAGGCUGCCACCGCGGUUCUUGACCACGAUGUGGUGUUUUGGUUUGGGGAUCUCAAUUUUCGCAUUGAUGACCUGGACAUGCAAGUGGUAAAAUCAGCCAUCGAUAACAACAAGUUUUUCAUCUUGUGGGAGAAGGAUCAGCUGAACAUGGCCAAAGACAGUGAGACAGUGUUAGAGGGAUUCCAAGAGGGGCCGCUGAAAUUCCCUCCUACUUACAAGUUUGAUGUUGGAACAAACACAUAUGACACGAGUGGAAAGAAACGUAAACCAGCUUGGACUGAUCGGAUUCUGUGGCGCUUGAGAGUCACCGCACCCGCCGGCGCUGCUCUCAGCGCAGGGAAGCAUGGCUCCCUUUCAGGGCUCACCAGCGGGACCAAAGUGACACAGCACUGCUACCGGAGUCACAUGGAAUACAACGUCAGUGACCACAAACCUGUGUCCUCCAUCUUUACACUGCAGUUCCCAUACAAGGUGGAUAUUCCCCUGGUCACACUCAUGGUGGAGGAUGAGUGGAAUAGCAUUGAUGAUGCAAUAGUAAAAUUCAAACUGGCGCCCAACUACUCGCGCAGCUCCUGGGACUGGAUUGGGCUGUACAAGGUGAGUUUCAAACACCACAAGGAUUAUGUGGGAUAUGUGUGGGCCAAGCAAGAGGAAGCUGACUUUCAUCAGCAAGAAUAUCAGGUAACCUUUACUGAGGAGGAGUUGCCCAAAGACUCAGGGGAUUUUAUCUUAGGUUACUAUAGCAACAACAUGAGCACCAUUGUGGGUGUAACAGAGCCAUUUCAGAUCCAGCUUCCCACUUCAGGCCUUGCCACCAGUUCUUCAGACAGCUCUGAUUUUAGCUCCGAAGACGACAGCACUGUCCACGUGAAGACGAGGGCCCGCAGUCCCAGUCCACAUAAGGGCAAGCACCGCAGGCAUCGCAGCGGCAGCGGCGUUGCCAGCCAUAGUCGCAGCCGCUCUGGCAGCCCUGCACAAGCCAAAAUGAAAGAGCCUGACGUCACCGUCACUGAUGGUUCUCCAUCCAGCAUCGCUGCUGCAGCUGAGAGUGAGUCCUCAGGACAGCCAGCAGAGGGCAGCAGCACCGAGGCAUCUGUUCAUGGGAAACAAGACAAAAGCAGCAGGGAUUCAGGGGUCUGAUGCAAUACCACAUCCUGCUGUUGUCACAGGACACACAGCCAACUGUUGUCUUUCAUUUGAUACAUUCACUACACUGUAUGUUUUUCUGUGAUGAAACGGUAUAGGUUAAGGUGCCAUCCUUUUCAGGAACAGCCAUCUGGUUUGUCCAGAAGGUUUACUCUGCUUUGAGUUGCUUCAUUGUGGAUUUUUAUUUAUAAAUUUUUCACUCCUG